AUGGGUGUUUUUUUAGGAGGAGCUUUUAAAAUACCUUUAUAUGAUAAAUCUUAUGAACCCUAGAUUUUAAAUAAGAUUGGUUUACCUUAUUUAACUAAUGGCUUUCUUUAUUUUAAAAUGUUUUUACCUGAGCAUUUCCCACCUUAUUAUUGCAUAGAUCCAUAUGCUGAACAUUAUAUAGUUCCUUAACUUCAUUUAAAAGAAUAAUAAAAGCUUUAGGAAUUAGUAAAUAUGAGAAAAAUAUAAAAAGAAUAACAUUCGAAACAUGAAGGAAAUACAGAUAAUGAUUAAAAAAAAGCUGAAGAAGGUAUUUUAGGUUAUAAUUAUGAUUAUAAUAAAGUUGAUAUAGAUACUAUGAUUCAAAGGGUUACAAAAGAGUUAAAUAAGUUUUAUGUGGAUUAGCUUUUGGAUAAUAAUAAUGCUGUUUUGGAUAAAAAUAAUUAAAAGAAAAGUAUUUAUAAGGGAACUGGAAAAAAUUUCUGGGAUAUGACUAUUGAUGAGAAAAUUAGAGACUUAAAAAGAUAAGAUAGAAUUACUAAGUAAUAUAAAAAGAUUAAACAAAAAAUAAUAAAAAAAUAGGAUAAUAUUAAAAAUUUAUGA